AUGAAUCCUGUCAUCGAGGACGAGCAUUACGCUGUCGGCGGCAAUAGACAUAGUGCAGCGGCCGACUGGUCACUUGCCUCUGGGCUUCUGGCCUUCGGCGCAGACCAAAAUGUGGCUCUUUGGUCACCACUGAACGAUUCCGGUCGUGGCAUUUCAGCACUGCUUUCCGGGCAUAAUUCGAAGAUUACAACGGUCAAAUUCAUAUCGUUACACGAUGGUUCGGAUGAGUUGCUAGUGACCGGUGCUGCUGAUGGGAAUAUUUGGCUGUGGGAACAUGGUUCAACCUGGACACGUGCACACAAUGCUGCAGCUCACCAAGGGUCCGUUAACGCCAUCGCAGUCUUGAAAAACAGCAACAUCUUUGCGACUGGAGGAGCGGAUUCACGAGUCAGGCUGUGGAAGGUUCAAGAUGGUAAAUUAGAAGCACUCUCGACGCUCGAGCUGAAGCCAAAGUUCAUGCCGCUUGCUCUGGCACUUGGACCCUUCUCGGCGACUUCGAUCGAUUCAGCAUUCUUGGUGGUUGGGGGCACACGCAAUGAUAUCCAAGUCUACUCGAUUGAAUAUCUGCCGUCAACCCCGCAAGUCAAGCUGUGUGCGACCUUGACAGGACACGAGGCUUGGGUCAGGUCAUUGGCUUUGACUGCCGCUGCAGAUGGUGAGUAUUUUCUGGCCUCCGCCGCCCAAGAUAAAUACGUCCGACUUUGGCGCUUUCAACCCGGCGAUGCUACUUCUGCUACUGUCGGGCCGCCUGUUGAUUCGACCCGCGGUGCCACCGUUACCGAUACUUUGACUGCGAAAGUCCAAAGUGUUUCUGCUGCCGAUAGCAAGUACUCAAUCACCUUUGAGGCUCUCCUGCUGGGUCAUGAGGACUGGGUGUACUCUGCGGCGUGGAGUCCAGACGAGUCUAGUCAACGCCUAUUGACUGCCUCGGCCGACGGGUCGCUGUCGGUGUGGGAGUCUGAUCCAGCCUCCGGGAUAUGGGUGAGCGUGUCUCGGCUGGGCGAGAUCAGCGGCCAGAAAGGAGCAACCACUGCUACAGGAUCGUCGGGUGGAUUUUGGACGGGUCUUUGGUCUCCUGAUGGAAGUAUGGUGACGUCUUUGGGUAGGACCGGGAGCUGGAGGUUGUGGCAAUACAAUACAGAUUCACAAUUCUGGACUCAGAAGCACGGAAUCAGUGGACAUAUCAGUUCAGUGAAUGGAAUAUGCUGGUCGCCGGACGGUGGUUACCUUCUGUCCACGAGCUCUGAUCAAACAACCAGACUUCAUGCUGAGUGGAAAAGAGGAGCAAAGCGAACUUGGCAUGAGUUCGCAAGACCACAAAUUCAUGGAUACGACCUGAACUGCAUAACAAGCACAACACCACAUCAAUUCUCAUCUGGCGCAGAUGAGAAACUACUCCGUGUCUUCAACGAGCCAAGAGACAUUGCACUGAUGUUGCAUCGACUGUGCCACAUCCCGUUACCUGCGGAAGACAAGGCCUUGCCAGAUACCGCCGCUAUUCCCGUGUUGGGAUUGUCCAACAAAGCCAUGGACGACGCCAAGGACACGCAAGACGGUGAUGCAGCGGAAGAACUCGGAACAGACCUAACAGAUGACGGGUUAGGCGCUUCGUUGCCUAAUGUCCAGGAGCCACCCCACGAGGACCUACUAUCUCGACACACUUUAUGGCCCGAGCACGAAAAGCUGUAUGGUCACGGCUACGAAAUAUCAGAAGCUGCCACCCCUGUGGAUGGGCGCGUGCUUGCUACCGCGUGCAAGGCAAGCUCGAUCGACCAUGCUGUCAUCCGUCUCUAUGACACAGACAGAUGGAACGAGAUCAAACCUCCGCUACCAGCGCACUCGCUUACAGUCACGAGACUGGCAUUUUCGGAUCAGCCAAAAGGAUUUCUUCUUAGCGUUGGCCGUGACCGACAGUUUGCAGUGUUUCAGAAUUCAGACAGCGAUAGCAAGUCCUGGACCCGUGUUGCGAUAAACGCCAAAGCGCAUUCUCGGAUGAUCCUGGAUGGGACGUGGCUAUGCAAUGCUCGUCGUCCGACCUUCGCGACAGCGGGGAGGGAUAAAGUGGUCAGAAUAUGGAGCGGGGGCCUGAAAGAUGAACGGCUCGAAUUCGUCUGUAAGAUUUCGAUUGCGCGCAAAGUCCCGGUGACUGCCAUUUCGGCCGUUGUCAGUGGGGAUGCAAUCAUUCUUGCUUCGGGCGAAGAUGACGGCACGGUAUCUUUGCAUCUUGUCAAAUGCACGGAUGAGAUCGAGCUCGUCAAGAGCGUCGAUAUCGACAAACAUCUCUGCCCCUCGAAGACAAUCAACAGGUUAGCCUGGAGACCGACACAGGAUACCACAGAGGGCAGCGACCGUGGUCAUCUUGCCAUUGCUUCCUCUGAUAGCUCAGUGCGGAUCUGGAGCAUUAAUUGGCGAACGUGGGUCGAGUCAUGA